AUGGAUGACGACAGGGGACCGUGGCGUAGUGCAGAUGAUGACAGGCUCUCCAGAAGAGAUGAUGACCGGGGUCCGUGGCGGAGCGGCGAGGACUCAAGGCCAGGUCCUUGGAGACCAUUUGGUAAACCAGGGGGCUGGAGAGAACGAGAAAAGGCUCGUGAGGACAGCUGGGGGCCUCCCCGGGACUCCAGACCUGCCGGGGAGCGUGAGUGGGACAGAGACAAGGAGCGUGAGGAGAACGAGAAGGACCGGGAAUUCGACCGGGAGAGAGACUUCGAUCGAGACGACCGCUACCGGCGUCCCAGGGAUGACGCCGGUUGGAGGAGAGGACCAGCUGAGGAAACUUCUAGCUGGAGAGAUUCAGGUCGUCGUGAAGAAUGGGACAGAGGUGGCCGUGACAUGAGAGAUCGACGUACUGAUGACAGAGAACCACCCGUCAGAAGAGGACCCCCACCCAGACCUGACCGUGAAGAACCCAGCUCCUGGCGGCGUGCUGACGACAAGAGAGAAGAACGCGGAGAGGAGCGGGAAACGGUGCGGCGGUCGGCUCCUGCUCCUGCUGCUCCUCCAGCUGCUGCUCCCCCUCCAGCCUCCAAGGAUCGAGAAAGAGAGGGGGAGAAGGAGAAAGGUUCCUGGAAAACAGAAAAGGAGCGUGAGCCCGUACGCCGUACUAAAAACGAGACAGAUGAGGAAGGGUGGACCACUGUACGACGUUAAGUGAAAGUCACAGAGUUUAACCAAUGUUUUAGCUUUGAUUUGAUCGAAUCCAUGGAUUAUAUUUGUGCUUAUAAACAUUCUGAAUUGGAAUUCUUUAACAAAUGUUUUGAAGUAACAUGAAAGCAUGAGCUUGAAUUACUUACUCGUAUAGAUUGAUCAUGCACAAAACUCACAGCAGAAGGUUGGAAAUUGGAAGCCAGAUUUUGAAAUUUCAAAUUAUGCUUAUUUCAUGGGUCAUUUGUUGCUAAAAUAAAAAGAAGCAAGCCCAAAAGCUGUCUUGAGUACUGCUUCUAUCUCGCACCAAAGCAGCCUGACCUUUUUAUUUUUAGCCUUUCUUAAUUUGGAAUGGGGUAUUAUCGUCACAGAACAUGCAUUUGAAAACACCUCUGUUCACACAGUGGAGCUGUUGAAAAAGCAGAGCUAAAUGAAUUUCCAUAAUUAGCCAAAAA